AUGGCUGGAAAGCGCGGAGAGUUCUUAUGCUGUGAAUGUGGUCGGAAGUAUCUCCUGUUCCUUGUCAUUUCCCGCUCCCAGUGCUUUCAAUGUGAGAAGGUGGAGGUUGCUGGCAAUGAUCAGAUAGCUAUUGAGGUGGUAGAAAAAACUCCGAUGUGCAAAGGUUGUGGCCUUCUAAUGCAAAGGCUGAAGGGAGACACAUGUGAUGCCUGUGCAGAAAUUCUCUCUGAGUCUGGAUCAACACAUUUUGAAAAUCGACACCAAGGCCCUGUAAUUAAGAGCGGUGUAAAAGAGCCCCGAGGCCCUGCAAAAAUGCGUGCCCUGAAGCUUAGAGAGCCUGCCGGCAUCUGCAAAACCUGUAUUUUCGGCUAA